AUGCUCUUGUCCAUAGCCACGUUCGCCAUGUUCAACGACUGUUUGAGUGAUAGUAGAGAAGCCCUGGAUUGGCAAUCGAAGUCGCAGGAGUUGGCGGAUCUGAAGCCUGGAACGAGGGGAAAGAGCCGAGGGCACUCCGGGAUUGACACCGAAGAAGCAAAGAAGCAGCGGCAGCGUGGGGCAGCACAAGGACGCGCUUAUCAUGCAUGCACCGGGAAAUUGGGUCGAAUCGGCCCACGUCGAUCCGCGUCUGACUCGAGCUGA